GUGAUACAUAUCCAUAAAAAUAUUAAUUUAAGAUAAUUAUUGUGGUCAAGUGUUUCAUUGUAAUUAAUUUAACUUUUGGAGCUAAAUCAUGGGUCAUCACUCCUGUUGCAACCAGCAAAAGGUGAAGAGAGGGCUUUGGUCACCAGAAGAAGAUGAGAAGCUUAUUAGAUAUAUCACGACUCACGGCUAUGGAUGUUGGAGUGAAGUCCCUGAAAAAGCAGGGCUUCAAAGAUGCGGAAAAAGUUGUCGAUUACGAUGGAUAAACUAUCUUCGACCUGAUAUAAGAAGAGGGAGAUUCUCACUUGAAGAAGAAAAAUUGAUCAUAAGCCUUCAUGGAGUUGUAGGAAACAGGUGGGCUCACAUUGCGAGUCAUUUACCUGGAAGAACAGAUAACGAGAUAAAAAAUUAUUGGAAUUCAUGGAUCAAGAAAAAGAUACGAAAACCGCACCACCACUAUAAUCGUCAUCAACCAUCAAUAACUACUGUGACAAUGAAUGUGGACGCUACAUCAACUGGUACUGCUGUCCCAUCUACCACAAGUACUAUCGAUAACUUACAUUUUGACAGCUUUAUGAAUUCUCCUAACCAACUAAAUUUCACCCAUGAUCAAGAAACUAAUACAAAGAUUCAAGAAACCCUUUUCUCCCAUAAAAAUCCUCUCUUCAUAGUAGACCAAACACUUCCUGUCCUUGAAGGAAUGUUCUCUCAAAACAUCAUCACAAACAAUAACAACAAGAACAAUGAUAAUGACACACGAAGAGGGGGAAGAGGAGGCGUUUUUGAGCAAUCAUUUCUGACAAAUAACACGGAAGAAUGGGAUAUGAAUCUUCCUCAACAAGAACCGUUUCAAGUUCCAACAAUGGUGUCACAUUCGUUCAACAACUCUACCAGUUCAAAUACCGAGACGGUUAUAAGUUACAAUCUACCGGCGUUAGUAGAGGGAAAUGUCGAUAACAUCUCUCCACUUGACAACAGUGUUCAAGAUGGAGAUAUGGCUUCCACACUCGAAUGUUUAAAGAAGCAAGAAUUAAGCUAUGACCAAUGGAUAGAUUCACAACAGUGCUCUAACUUUUUCUUGUGGGACAACCUUAACAUAAACGUGGAAGGUUCAUCUCUUGUUGGAAACCAAGAUCCAUCAGUGACCUUGGGAUCCUCUGCCUUGUCUUCUUCUUUUCCUUCUUCAUUUUAAAUUAUAUUGUAUAGAUUUCAGGACAGAAACUCACGCUAAUUUGUCUA